CAUUAUCGCGCUGGUAUAUAAGAUGAGCGCGGGGGGGAUCCGCGGGCGCGGCACCGGGAACGGGAGCGUGGAAACGGGACCCGCACCGGGAGCGGCCGGGAAACAGGAUGUGUGACCGGAACGGCGGCAGGCGGCUGCGGCAGUGGCUGAUCGAGCAGAUCGACAGCGAGCUCUACCCGGGGCUCAUCUGGGAGAACGAGCAGAAAUCCAUGUUCCGCAUCCCCUGGAAGCACGCCGGGAAGCAGGACUACAACCAGGAGGUGGAUGCUUCUAUUUUCAAGGCCUGGGCUGUUUUCAAAGGCAAGUUCAAGGAAGGUGACAAAGCGGAGCCGGCCACAUGGAAGACGCGGCUUCGCUGCGCUCUGAACAAGAGCCCUGACUUUGAGGAGGUGACAGACAGGUCCCAGCUGGACAUCUCCGAGCCCUACAAGGUCUAUAGGAUCGUGCCAGAGGAGGAGCAGAAGUGCAAAGCAGGGAUUGCCAGCGGGAGCAGCCUGAAUGAAGUCACUGAGAUGGACUGCAGCUCCUCUGCCAUCGAUGACCUCAUCAAAGAGCCCUCCUGCGUGGAUGAAUACCUGGGGAUCAUCAAGAGGAGCCCCUCACCCCCCCAGGAGACCUGCAGGAACCCCCCAAUACCUGACUGGUGGGUGCAGCAGCCCAGCCCUGCGUUGCCCCUGAUGAAUGGAUACUCCAGCUACGAGCAGUAUCACUCAGGUUAUUCCCAGAUGGUGAUCAGCUUCUACUACAGCGGGAGGCUGGUGGGCCACGUCAGCACCUCGUGCUCUGAGGGCUGCAGGAUCAGCCUGGGCCAGCCCUCGGGCCACGGGGAGAAGCUCUACGCCCCCGAUGCCCUGGAGCACGUCCGGUUCCCCUCGGCCGACGCCAUCCAGAACGACCGCCAGAAGCAGAUCACCAGGAAGCUCUUUGGGCACCUGGAGAGGGGUGUCCUCCUGCACAGCAACAAGCAGGGCAUCUUCAUCAAGAGGCUGUGCCAGGGCAGGGUCUUCUGGAGCGGCAACACCAUGGCCUACAAGGACAGGCCCAACAAACUGGACCGGGAUGGGGUGGUGAAGAUCUUUGACACCAACUUGUUCUUCCGAGAGCUGCAGCAGUACUACAACAACCAGGGUCGCUUCCCAGACAGCAGAGUCAUGCUGUGCUUUGGGGAGGAGUUCCCAGACGCGGUGCCGCUGAGGUGUAAACUCAUCCUCGUCCAGGUGGAGCAGCUGUACCUGAGGCAGGUGGUGGACGAGGCUGGGAAGAGCUGCAGCUCCAGCCCCAUGCUCCCCAUGGCUGAGGAGCCCCAGCACGAGCAGGGCUAUCGCAUCUUCCAGGACGUCUGCGCCACGCGGCCGCUCUUCCGCGAGAACCAGCAGAUUGCAGUCUGAGCCCUGCUCCCCUCACAGCCUGCUAGUCUGGGCUUAUCCAGACCCACAUUAGUCCCAUGAGUGCCUAAAAAUCCCUUUGUUUUGUUGGAUUUUAUUUUAUUUUGGUUUUUUUUUUUUGAAAGUUGGGUUUUGUUCUUUGCUGUUUCCAGUGGUGAAAAUUGCUGUGAGCAAAUAGGUUGGGUGUUCAGUGUUCGUCCUGUAAACAAUUUAUGAUAAAAGUGACUUUUCUAGUCCCAGGACUGUCUAUAGCUCCUGGCUGGGGGGACAAGGGGCAUCCAAGCCGUGCAGGAAGGUCAGGGCUGGCUUUGCUUUGUGUUGCCUUUGUUAAUGGCCAGUCAAGCAGAACCAAAAAUCAACUGCUGUAACCACCUGCCCCAACAAUCUGCAACUCAGACCUUGCUGAGAGCAGCAAUUUGAUAGGAGGUGACUCUUGGAAAAGCCUUAGAGUGCUCAAAUUUUGGAAAUUAUAUCCAGGAAUCAGCUUUCCCUCUUCAGAGAGUCCUGCUGAUGGAAGGCAGGGUGUGCCUCCCAAAGAGAACUCCUGAAAUCCUUUAUUUUUUAUGAAAUCUUUAUUUUUGCUGUGAGAUUUAUGUGUUUCUCUUUCAUGCCAAAGUGGAUUGAAGUUUGGAAACCGACGCAGAGAUUCUAUAUGUAAAUAUUGAAUAUGAAAACCUAGGAAUCUUAAUUUUUCCUGACCAGAGCCAGAGUUUAUAUAAAUAUCUAGAAUUUUGAUUUUUCAAGAUUGCAGCAUAGUGUGAAUAGCUUGGCUUCACCCUCCCAAACACACGUGUGGGGCUCUCCCAAGCGUGUCCAGGCAGUGUCAUCCAUGUGUAAAUCCUCAUUUUCACAGCCUCUGUGUAUGGCCCCAGCUCUGGGGAGCUGCUGCUGCCUCCCAAAGCAGGACUGCACAUGUGUGUGUGCCACCAAAGCUGCCUAUUUAUUGUGUGCCUGAGGUUUAUUAAUUUUUUUUUUUGGUAAAUUUUUAUAUCUGUCUGCAAUUAAAGUGCUAUAUUUUGUA